CUGGUCAAGUAGAAACAUUAGAAAAGAAUCUAUGCGAUCUUAUCAAAGGUGGUCAAGGAAAUGUUUCUGAAUAUGAUGGAUAUACAGCUUGUCCUAUAGUGACAGGUUAUAAUCGUGGUAUAAUAGCUGAAUUUGAUUAUACAACUCAACCAUUAGAAACAUUGCCAAUUGAUCAAGGGAAAGAACGUUAUUUAUUUUAUUUUACUAAAACUUAUCUAUUGCCACCAAUUUAUUGGGAAGGAUUAUUAAGGUAA